GUAGGAAGACCUGGACAUCCCGGUCCAGCUGGGGCAAAAGGUGAAAAGGGUAAUGAAGGUUCUCCUGGAAAGCCUGGAUCACCUGGACCUCCAGGUAUGCCUUACAAUGAAAGGAAUGGAAUGAGCAGCUUAUAUAAGCUACAGGGAGGUGUAGGUGUUGCUACUUAUCCUGGUCCGCCGGGCCCUCCUGGUCCAAAAGGUGAUCCUGGCACAAUGGGAGAACCAGGUCCAAUGGGACUACCUGGACUAGAGGGAUUUCCAGGAGAAAAGGGAGAUCAGGGACCUGCUGGUUCACCAGGAGCACCAGGGUUACCAGGAAAGACUGGAUCUCCAGGACCACCGGGAAUGCCAGGGGAACCAGGUGAAAGAGGCCCUGUAGGAGACAUCGGCCCUCCAGGGCCAGAAGGGCAAUCUGGAAUACCAGGAAUAAAUGGAAAAGAUGGAUUGCCAGGACCUCAGGGUCUGAUGGGAAGAGCAGGUGACAGAGGUCCCAAAGGAGAACGUGGAGAUCAAGGUAUUCCAGGGGACAGAGGUCCACAAGGUGAAAGAGGAAAACCUGGCCUUCCAGGAGAAAAGGGGGUUAUAGGACCUUCUGGACCACCAGGAGACAGGGGCUAUCCAGGAUCACCUGGUCAUCAGGGUUCCCCAGGUUCCCCAGGUCCUCCGGGUCUUCCGGCUGACACAGUUUCAUUUGAAGAAAUGAAAAAAUACAUCAAACAAGAGGUUCUUAGGGUUUUUGAAGAGAGGAUGGCUCAGUUUGUAUCCCAACUGAAGCUGCCAGCUGCAAUGUUAGCUUCUCACAGUCAUGGGAAACCAGGUCCACCAGGAAAAGAUGGAUUACCAGGGCCACCAGGAGAACCUGGACCUCAAGGUUACAGAGGACAGAAGGGGGAAAGAGGUGAGCCUGGUAUUGGACUCCCAGGUAAUCCUGGUCCACCUGGCCCUUCAGCCACUGGUGUGCCAGGCCUCCCAGGCACUCCAGGAUCACCAGGUCCCCAGGGGCCUCCAGGCCCGAGCGGAAGGUGCAACCCAGCAGAUUGUUACUAUCACGUAUCUCAGGCUCGACAGCGUGCCAGUGGGAAAUAAACAU